GUGCGCCCCAGUCAGCUCCAAGUGCCUCCUAGUCCCAGAGCGAGUGGCAGCCUUGAGUCGCCAGGACAAAGAUGCCCCACCGCAGCCUGCACGCGGUCGUAGUCCUCUUGCUGGUUUUCCUAAAGGAGCAGCCUUCCAGCUCGGCCCCACUCAACGGAUCCAAGUGGACCUAUGUUGGUCCUACAGGGGAAAAGAACUGGUCCAAGAAAUACCCAUCGUGUGGGGGCCUCCUACAGUCCCCAAUAGACCUACAUAGUGACAUCCUCCAAUAUGAUGCCAGCCUCACACCCUUACAAUUCCAAGGUUACAAUGUGUCUGCUGAAAAGCUGUUAAACUUGACCAAUGAUGGUCAUUCAGUGAGACUGAAUCUGAACUCGGACAUGUAUAUCCAGGGCCUCCAGCCCCACCGAUACAGAGCAGAGCAGCUGCACUUUCACUGGGGGAACCGCAAUGACCCCCAUGGCUCUGAACACACUGUGAGUGGGAAGCACUUUGCUGCUGAGCUGCACAUUGUCCAUUAUAACUCAGACCUGUACCCUGACUUCAGCAGCGCCAGUGACAAGUCAGAAGGCCUCGCUGUCCUUGCUGUUCUCAUUGAGAUAGGCUCCAUCAAUCCAUCUUAUGACAAGAUCUUCAGUCAUCUUCAACAUGUGAAGUACAAAGGCCAACAAGUACUCAUCCCAGGCUUCAACAUUGAAGAACUUCUGCCUGAGAGCCCUGGCGAAUACUACCGCUAUGAAGGGUCUCUGACUACACCUCCUUGUUAUCCUACUGUGCUCUGGACAGUUUUCCGAAACCCUGUGCAGAUUUCCCAGGAUCAGCUGCUGGCUUUGGAGACAGCUCUGUAUUUCACACACAUGGAUGAUCCUUCCCCCAAAGAAAUGGUCAACAACUUCCGGCAGGUCCAGAAGUUCGAUGAGAAGCUGGUAUAUAUCUCCUUCCGACAAGUAGGACUCAUUACCGACACAGGACUGAGUUUGGGUAUCAUCCUUUCAGUGGCCCUGGCUGGUGUUCUUGGCAUCUCUAUUGUUCUGGCAGUGUCUAUUUGGCUCUUCAGAAGGAAGAAGAGCAAAAAAGGUGGCAACAAGGGAGUCAUUUAUAAACCAGCCAUCAAGAAGGAGACUGAGGUCCAUGCCUGAGGUCUCUGGCACUCUCAAACAUCCAAGGAAGGACCUUGAUUUGGACACUACAUACUUUGGCUCUCUGGACACUUGAAAUACCUCAAGGUGUUCUCUGAAGCUCAACUGUAACCCCUUCCCCAGACUCUUUUGAGGCUUCUGGCUGGGCCUCCCCUGUUCUGCUGUCACAGCCCCCCAGGGUGACCAGUGAGUGGGAUGAACUGAACUAGGGGGCAGGAGCUUUCAGUGGAUUGCUCUAGCUACUUGAGAUGGCUAAAGAUUCUGGAUUCUGGCUCACAGACCUAACCUGCUGAUGGACUAUUAUGGUUUGGAAAACAC